AUGUACAAUGAGAUAGAUGGUGACUUUGAUGACAUGGCCAUCAGUACUUUUAAGGUCGGCCUUCCGGUCGAGCACGAUUUAAGGAAGUCUCUGACUGGCAAGCCUAUUACCAGUGUAGUCCAACUCAUAGACCGAAUUGAUAAGUACAAAAGGGUGGAGGAAGACCAACAGCAAGGGAAAGGCAAAGCAAAGAUAGGGGGGUAUGAUGUGAAGAGAGUGUUGGUAGACCAGGGCAAUGCUGUCGAGAUUAUGUAUCCCGACCUUUACAAGGGACUGAAUUUGAAACCCAAGGACCUGACUGCCUAUGAUUCCCCUCUAGUAAGUUUCAAGGGGAAGACCGUUGUUCCAAGAGGUCAGAUUAGACUACCUAUACAGACUGUUUCAGAAGUGGUGGAGAUGAAUUUCAUUGUGGUGGACGCUUAUUCACCCUACACGGCUAUUAUGGCUAAACCUCAACUUCAUGCCUUGGGAGCCAUCUCUUCUACCCUACACCAAAAGGUGAAAUACCCGUCCGAGAGCCAGGUUGAAAAGGUUGUGAGAAGCCAAUCCAUGGCUAGGCAGUGCAUGGUGGCUGCCAUUUCACAUCGGCUUGAAGCUGAGUCCUCGGCCUCCGCCGAAAAAAGCUUAUAG